GAGGUGGUGGUGGUGGUGAUACACGUGUAAAAAAGAGAACACUCAACUGUGACUCUUAACUCAUUACCACGGAUCUCCCUCGGCAGUUUGACCCCACAGCCAUCCUCGAUGAGAGGGGGCACAUGUCCAUUGCUGUCGCUGAAAAUGCAGGAAAGAGGUAAUACUACGUCAGCCGACAACCAAUCUGUUAAUUGAUACAUCACGAGCAUAUUACGAACGCGCGUUCGUCAGCAUCGACGUCGUCAACGACAAAGACGACGACGACGACGGCGACGACGACGCAGUACCUAAACGCGUUUGGUGCGCGCGUUGGUAUCGAUUUCAGCGAAGCCGUCCCAGAACCUUUGAAAAAGAUGGUGGCCUAGCCCGUGUGAACUACAGGACCCGUUGUGGGUCAAAAUGAGUGCGAUUACUGGCAGCAUCACCAAGAAAAGAAAGAAAUCCGAUGCCAAGCCUCAGUCGCAGAUUAACAAGUGCCUUAACGAAAAAAGACGACGGAACCAGGAGAACCUGUUUAUCGAUGAGCUUGCCGAGCUGAUUUCCGUCACGGACAUGAGCUCUGGCAAGACUGACAAGCGCCAGAUCCUUCAGAGAACCGUCGACCAGAUUCGGCACAUUAGGCAACAGGAAGGCUCGAAUAGUCAUGCCGUUCAACAGGGGGAAGUGUCUUCAUCGAAUCCUAACAUACUGUCCAACGAUCAAGUUGGUCCUAUUUUACUCGAGGCGUUAGAUGGCUUUCUGUUUGUUGUAAAUUCGGAGGGACGAGUGGAGUACGUAACGGAUAACAUAACACAAUAUAUAAAUUAUACGAAGGACGAUGUGCUCGGCAAGGAUAUUUAUAAUAUUAUUCAUCAUGGAGACCACAACACCUUCAUGCCUAGCUUGUGCCCUGUGUCAUUAGGCUGGACGAGCGAGCCGCAGCCCCAAACGAGGAAUCGUACCUUCAAUUGCCGCUUCUUGGUGAAGCCUCCUGAUGAUAAAGAAGAGACUAUGGAAGAGAAGCAGCAACGAGUAUCGAAAUACGAGUAUCUGCAGAUCUGUUCAGCUCUUUUGCCAAGUAAUAGCGAUCGUCUGGAGAGCGGUGACGUAUCAUCCGAAUCCUCGGACAUCGGUCCUUGCGUAAUGUGCGUGGCUCGCAGGAUACCACCGAACGAGAAACCCAUUGGUACCCCCAUCGAGCAGUUCACUGUCAAGCUGGACACCGCGGGCAAGAUUAUCGCGGUUGAUGUCAGCUGGCUGUCGCCCCCUUACUCCAACUACCUAACCACGGUAGGGGACCUGAUUGGCACUACAAUAAAGGAUGUGUGCCACCCUCAUGAUCUCAGUAAGCUAACUGCACAUUUGAACGAUACGCUUCAAGUCGGUGAGAGUACCAGCGGUGUGUACCGGCUACGCGUUAGUCCUGAUAAGUUCCUUAACAUUCAAACAAAGUCAAAACUUUUCAAAGCAAAUGUGAUGAAUACACACGAUACCGACUUUAUUAUGGCCACCAAUUCCAUCAUCGGGGACAAUGACUUAAUGCCUAUCGAGGGUGGUCAGCUUUCCAACAACAAAGUGUGCUCUGGACACUCUAGUAACCGUUGUGCGAAUAAUAGUAAUAAUAAUAAUGGUAACAAUAACAAUAACGUGGGUGGCCCGCUGAUGUCCGUGGCGCAUCUGAACGGUCAAGUGAGUGGUAUCAGUGGUCGGGGGUUGGCUGGUACGUCGUCGUCGUCGUCAGCGUCGUCGCAUGGCGGCGGUGUUGCGACAUCGUCGAACUCGAUAGUGUUUAGCGCGGCCGAGUCUUGCAACAACCCCCUGCCGUCGCUAAGUACAAGUAAUCCGUUCAACCACUUUUCGGGGAACAUGGACUUGGAAUUCGAGCUGUUCCCCAGUUCCACAUGGGACUUGGAUAGUAGCAGCGGGUGGGCAGAUAGGCCCGAAUCGAGAGCUAGCGGGCCACCAAAUUCACGACCACCUUCCCAGCCAGCCCCGACAUCUCCGAGUCCCCAGGGAACGUUCUCCUCUAAUUCAGCGGUGGCGCCUCACUGCAGUCCCAUGCGCGCGUUCAGCCCGACCUCAGGCAACGCAGCUCACACCUUCAGUAAUUCGUUCCCCUUCAGUCCGCUUCAGGAAUCACAGACGUCCUCCUUGACCAACAGCGGUGCUAGUAGUGUUAGUGCCAACGGGGCAGCUGCGCUUACCCCGAAACGUCAGGAUGAAGGGAAGACUGGAUGUUCGGCCGGCAACAACCAAUCCGCCAUGGAUACAAGCGGGAACGCGAGAAACAACUCGAGCAACGUGGCCGGGACCGCUACCACCGCCGGUCAACAACAGACCACCGUCGGGGUGACCGCGACCGUUGUCGAAACUCAGAACAGUGUUGUGUCAACCGAGUCCGGUAGAUUGAGAAACUUAUUGACCAAGGGCGCUAGUGCUAGUGAGGACAGUCAGGACAAUACGAAUAACGAUUCCGAGAACCAAAAUAAGCAUAGGAUAUUAAAGACCUUGUUGAAUCAACAAGACGAGGACGAUUUUCAUCCGGAGCAUAAUAAUAAAGUGCGAACCAGUCCUAGUAACAUGCCGAAACCGAGCAUGGACCAUUCGAAAUCUUCGCUUGGAAAUAAUAUGCUGCUACAGUUAUUAAAUGAGAAAAACGAUGACGAGGAUGAAGAGGCUCGCGCCGGUUUCAAGAAACGGAACGAACUUUUGCAACAGCUCCUGAAAGACCAAGACGACGAGAGGAAAGUACAAGAGCAACAGUGCAAGUCACAGAAUCGGGAAGAAGAUCCUCUUUUGCGAAGUCUUGGCUUUCGGAACACCACGCCAUCCCCGUCUCAAUCGGGUGACAAUGUUGGUCUCGGUGGUUCGACCCAGGUCGGUCAGAAGAGACCCGGCGAGGAUGGCGAUUUAAACAUAGCUGUGAAACGUCCUAUGGACGGUUCGCACCAGGUAUCCUCAUCGGGUACGUCCACCAACACGACCAGUAAACUCUGGGAGAAGAACAAAAUGUUGGCUUCGUUGCUAGCUAAACAACCUCCUCAACCAACCACUAUCCCACCAAUACCUGCAUCUGUGAUAUCGGCAACGCCACAGGAUAAGCUGCUGCGCAUAGGAUUGAAGCCACAACAGCCGUCACAGCAGUCACAAUCACAGUCGCAACAGCAGCAACAGCAACAACAACAGCAACAGCAGCAACAACAACAGCAGCAACAACAACAACAGCAACAGCAGCAACCCUGGACGGGUGGUAGCAUGCAGUCGGUUGGUGGUAAUACGAUAACGACAACUGCAACUUCCGCGCGUACUCCUCUCCAAAGCCAGUCGAGACAACUACCUCGUCAAACAACCAAUACCUACCUCACUCAUAUGCUAAGUCAGCAACAAAGACCCCAAAUGGGUCAGAUGGAUUCGGAAUUUACGGGCAGCGGGGAGUAUCGUCAUACAAAUGCAGAUCCAACCGGUUGGGACAAUCAGUCAUCAGAUCCUGAUCUUUCCGAUAUUUUGGAUCAAGUGAUCGAAUUCGUACCAGACGAAGCUAUCGCAGAUUCGUCUGCGAUAGCAAAUCUCUUAGAUGCGAUCGAAGCACCGCAGAACAACGCGUUGAACGAGAAGAUGGCGAUUAACGCGAUACAAAAGUCGUUGAUGUUAUUCGAGACUGCCGUAAAUCCAACGUCUUCCACCAUAACAAUUCCUGGCACACCUCCAGCUUACUCCACCACGUUGGUUACCACACCCGUAACGACGAGCCAUAGUUACCAACCACCGCCGAUGUAUCAACAACAGCCAAGGAUGAGGUUGAACACUCAGCCAGGUGUCAGACAAACGACCACUCAAUUCACGCAGCAGCAACAAUUACAGUUACAACAACAACGUACAAAAUUGAUACAACAACAACAGCAACAACAAUUGAAACAAAGGCUACUGCAACAACAACAGCAACAACAGUUACUUAUUCCUUCCAAUGCUACAGCUACGGACCAAAUUACCACCGGCAUUCAUAAUAUUGAUAACCUUCUGAACAAUACUGUUGCACCAAACGUGUCGUUACAGCGGUCGAGUGUCCCAGAUUCGCAAGUGUCUCCAGGUUAUGGGGGAUCCGUCCAGAUGCCUUCCGGUCACCGACUUGCCCACUCGUACUCACAUCCUUCAACGUUACCACAGCACCCCAUUGUAAACAAUAAUUUUAACAGUGGUCAACAAGUGUCCGCCGCAGCUCGACUGUCACCGCAUUCUCCCGCUGGUAUCUUAUCGUUCACUCAUCCACAGCCGUUGUCACCACGGGUGACGCAAGGCAACUAUGGUAAUACCCCGAGAUUAUUCAACGUUAACCAGGUGAGAUCGCAGCAACAGCCCACCGUGCAGCAGCAGCUGCAGCAACAACAGAGAUCGAUGCCGUCGCCGGGUACUCCAGCGUCUGCACGACAAUCUCCGUUUCCGGCGGAAACCUUUCCUCCACCCACCUCUCCUACAGCCAGCCAAUUUCCACCCGGUCCUAAUCCUGGCGCUCCGAAUCCUUCUGCCCAAUAUCGGUUGCAACGGACCACGUCUACGCCUUCAGCUACGACUCAGUUGCCAGGUGGGGUCGGUUCGCCCCGGCACUACGGCGGAGUGAGUAAGGAACAACCUCUUCUUUCACCUAGUCAUCCACAUUCGGGUUGCAACCCGGCAACACCGACUCACAAUCAACACAACGUAACGAAUACCCAACAACACUUCUCCAACCAACAACAUUCUUCUAUGAUAUACCACACGACCGCCAAUACUAUCAACACAGCUGACAUGCAGAACAAUCAGUUCUGUUACGAUCGGACGUCUGUUCCACUCUAUUCGUCAGGGCCUGGGGACACGCAGGAUGCCAGGCCUCUGCCUCCCGGUAAUCCUGUCAAUCACCAAUUGGGUGGAAAUGCCAGCAGCACGUCCGAGUUCGUGAGGCAAGAAUUGAGAGCGAUCGUUGGCGCAAGAACGCAACAACAACAACAACAACAAAGGGUACCUAACAACAUUCAAAAUAACCUUUCUGGUCAAGUAUCUCAGGAUGAUCUUGAUGCACUUGGUCUGACGUACGAGAUGUCUCCUGCAGGUGAGGCUGUGGUUAGCGAUGGCCCUGCAAAGAGCUGGGCCAUUGGGAGUGCCGGAGGUGCCCCCUCGUCCUCCAGGACUUCUAUGGAGGAAGUGGCUCGAGGUGAUCCAAAGGUGAACCAAUCGUCGCUGUUACAGAAACUGUUGUCCGAGUGACUGCAGGCCAACGGUUUGCAGACUAAAGGGAUCUAUGUAAUAUACGUUUGAAGCUAGAAACGUGAAAAGAAAAAAGUAAGCAACACCGGGUUACAUGCGGUGUUGAAGGAAAUCUGUGAAGUGAAGAAUCGAUCCGCGUGUGUACGACGCAGAAUAUACACCCUAUUAUACGUAAUGGAUACUAAUUGUAUUAUAUGUAAAACGCCGCAACAUACACACACACAUACACUCACUAGCACACAGACACACGAACAGAUACACACACGAAGUCAGUAUUCAGACACGUAUCACCAAAUACAAAAUUGCGAGAAAAUUUAGGCCGCUACCCCGUGCUCUCCGUGGCUUUAAACGCGCUGGAACAAGUGAAAUUCCAAAGGAAUAAGGGCAGUCGUUAAAAGAAAAAAGGAAAAAGUACAGCCAAAAAGGGGCUUUCUAGAAGCGGGUCCAGCGCGUAGAUUUUAUAUCUUGCUCCGAAAGUUCGAAGGACCAAAAAGUUUCCGGUUUCCCGUUUCAGUUGUACCGAACCAGUCUCGAUGAUCUUGGCAAAUUGUCUUCGAUUUCGGAUAGAUGUAUCACAGUCUGUAGAACGAUCGUGGAGGAGAUCGAGCAACUGGAUCGUGGAUCGGCAUCCGUAUCUCGAGAGACAAAAGGGGAACGCAUUGAAUUCGAAAAGAUGAAAGAAAUAGUUCGCGGAGAGCACGUGGCGUUAAAGUGUGAUGCCGAUUAUUUUAUAUAUAUAUAUAGAUAUAUAAAUAUAAAAGGAUUGAAAGAAAGAAAGAAA